GACGCAUGCGCAGUGUGACAAACAAACAAUAUGGCGGCGUCCUUACAGCGCCUCACGUCUGCUGGGAGAAAUCUCCUUCAAAGGAAUUUACUGAAGACAUUUUCUUCAAACAGGCUCACACCUGGGUCUCACAGACUGUUAUCGACCCAGGCUGCUCAACAAGUGGCUCUCAAUGUUCCUGAAACUAAGGUGACAACUCUAGAAAACGGACUCAGAGUGUCUUCAGAGGACGCUGGGCUCACCACCUGCACAGUGGGCCUCUGGAUAGAUGCGGGCAGUCGCUACGAGAACGCCAGAAAUAAUGGCACAGCACAUUUCCUGGAACAUAUGGCAUUUAAGGUGAGAUGAAAACCAUGAAAAUACGU